AUGGCUUUAGGAGAACAGAGCGGUAUACGUAUCCUAAUUGCAUUGGGUAUAAUUGGUUUGUUUGGAAUAAUUACUUUUGCACUUGCUGCUGCUACUCUUGGCACUCUGAACAAACGACUCGAUGAUCUCAACCAAAAAAUAGACACACUUAAUGGCCAAAUAUCUUCUAUUACUGGCCCAUUAAGUACGAUAACUACAACUUCGACUGCGGCAACGACUGCUACUACAGCUACAACAACGACUACCACUACGACUACCACAACGACUGCUACUACGACUACCACAACGACUACUACUACGACUGAUACUACAACUACCACAACGACUGCUACUGCGACUACCACAACGACUGAUACUACAACUACCACAACGACUGCUACUACGACUACCACAACUGGUAACCCUGAAGCUUAA